AUGGGUUCUAUCAUUCCAUUUCUCAAGGAGGGUCAACUACGGUUUUUUCUCCUCUCUAAUCGGGUAAUCCAGUGGAUCAGUUCGGUCAUUGUCCUUGGAAUCACAUCCUAUUUCAUCAAAACAGGCCCUCGCGGGCUAACAAUCGUUUACCUAGAGGUUGUUGCUGUGGUCUCCGUGGUAGUGUUCCUAACGGCAUUUGUGUCUCCAUUCCUAAGCACACCAGUGCCCUUUUCGUAUGCUCAAGACCAUGAAGUAUUAACGAAAUAUCUUAGAUGGCUGGCAGGGUUCAUCUUUGCUGCUGUUGAUUACAACCAGAACAACUGCCAUGCAAAUGCCCCGCCGGGCGUUGUAUGCUCAGUGAAGUGGGCCAACGAAGCUUUCAUCUUUUUAACCUUGUAUGUAUAG